CGGGCCCCGGAACGUGCGGGCCAAGGCGCCGCUGUCGCACGCCGGCAGCCCCCACCAGCUGAUCACCCCCCCCUGCUCGGUGGUCCUCGGAGCGCCGUCCAUGCACGCCAGCCGGCUGAAGAACUCCCCCACGGCCAACACGCAGAGCCCUAAACCCAAGACGGAGGCCAUGGUGCGCUCCCCCCCUGUCAUGUCCCCCUCCACUGCCGGCCAGAUGGACUCUAAACCGCCCAACCAGGGGAAGCCAGGAAGUGCGGGCGGCCAAUCGCAGCCCUCCCCCUCGGACCCAAAGUCCCUGGGGGCCAAGGGGGCCGGGGGCGUGGCCGGGGGCGUGGCCGGGGGCGUGGCCGGGGGCGUGGCCGGGGGCAUGGGGAUGAAGAACGGCCAGGGCCUGACCUCCGGCCCCGGCUCCAAGGUCAAGGUGAAGCGGGAAAGAAGCACGUCGGUGGAGUCGUACGAGCUGCCGGAGACGGGACCGCCCACCGGAGAGGAGAAGGACAGCAGCAGGGUGAAGCGUAUGUGCGUGGCGGAGAGGCGGCAGCCCUACAGCGGGGCGGACUGGUGCUCCGGGGGGGAGAGCGACGAGGACGACAAAGGCUUCUUCAACUGUAACUCUGGCGACGUGAAGCCACAGGACGCCAUCUCCCACUCGACCUCCAACGCCGGGCUCAGCCGCGCCUCCACACCUUCCCACAAUGCACUGGGGGGUCAGGUCUCCGUGACGGAGCCCAGCAGCGGCCAGAAGGCGGGGUCAAAGGUCGUCUACGUCUUCACCACCGAGAUGGCCAACAAGGCGGCCGAUGCGGUUCUGACCGGUCACACAGAAAACAUCAUCAGCUUCCACAUGAAGAACAUCUCCAACAACAAGGAGAAGGCCCACCUCCUCCUGAACAACGCCCUCCGGAAUGAGUCCAAGCCCCCGGGGCAGCCCCAGUCCCACCAGGACCCCCCCCACCAGCCCGGACCCAAGCCCGGCAUGACGGACUCCGGCCCGCCCCAGACCUCCAACCAGGGGGCCCAGUCCGGGGUCCAGGCCCAGGAGGGCUCCUCCUCGGGGGGCAUGGAGCCUAAGCACCUCCCCGGCAACAGCCCCGGUCACCCCUCGGCCCCCGGCGACCAGCCCCCCGGGGGCCAGCCGGAGGGCGGCGGGGGCCACGGCGGCCCCCAGCAGGGCGACGGGGGGCCGGCGGCGGGGGGCCAGGGCAGCGCGGGCCUGACCCCCCAGCAGCAGCAGCAGCAGCAGCAGCUGGCCCAGGAGCUGCUGAACAUGGAGGCCAACACGGACGGGCUGUCCCAGGAGCAGCUGGAGCACCGGCAGCGCUCGCUGCAGACGCUGCGCGACAUCCAGCGCAUGCUGUUCCCCGACGACCGCGACGCCCCGCCGCCCGGGCCCCCGCAGUGCCACGGGGGCCCCCACGAGGGCGGCCCCGACGGCGGGCCCCGCCGGCCGGAGCAGGGCCCGCUGCAGGCCAUGAUGGCCCAGUCCCAGAGCCUGGGGCCCCCCGGCGGGCCCCGGCCCCAGGGCCCGCCCUUCGGACCGCCGCACGGCCCCCGGGAGAUGCCGCCCUUCCCGCAGGACGACAUGGGCCCCCACAUGGGGGGCCCGGGCGGCUGCGGGGACGGGGACCAGAUGACCCCGGAGCAGGUGGCCUGGCUGAAGCUGCAGCAGGAGUUCUACGAGGAGAAGAAGAGGAAGCAGGAGAUGCAGCACCGCCCGCUGCCGCCCGACAUGAUGAUGCACCCCCACGGCCCCCGGGCCAUGAUGCGCGGGCCCCCGCCGCCCUACCAGAUGGGCCCCGGGGAGAUGUGGGGGGGCCCCGGGGGGCCCCCGGAGCACUACCAGGAGCGCAUGGGCCCCGGGCCCCGCGGCAUGCCCCAGCACAUGCAGCGCAUGCCGGGCUUCCAGGGCAUGAUGAACCCGGACAUGGACGGGCCCCCGCGGCCCGGCAUGGGCUGGCCCGACGACAUGCCCCCCCGCAUGGGGGACCCCAGGAUGGGGGACCCCAGGGGCUUCCCCGGGGGCCCUGGAGGGAUGUUCGGGGGCCCCGGGGGGCGGGGCGAGCGCUUCCCCAACCCCCAGGCGGUGCAGGAGGCCAUGUUCCACCAGGGGAUGGGCCCCGGCGGGGGGGGCCCCGGCGGGGGGGGCCCCGGGGACAAGGGCCUCCCGCCCGGCAUGAUGAUGGACAUGCAGCGCAUGAUGGGUCACCAGCGGGGGGGCAUGGAGCCCGGGGCCAUGGGCAUGUUCCCCCGCAUGCCGGGGGACGGGCCCAUGAGCCCCUCCGCCCGGCUGCAGGGCAUGGGGGGCCGCGAGAUGGGGCCCGAGUUCGGCAUGGGCGGGGGCCCGGGGCCCCACAUGCACCCGUCCAAACUGCGCGGGGAGCCGCCCAUGAACAUGAGCCCCGACGAGAUGAUGAGGAUGAGGGCGGGCGGGGGGCCCCCCAUGGAGAACAUGGGCCCCCAAGGCCGGCCCAUGCAGGGGCCUCCGUUCCCGGACCAGGGCCAGCCGGGAGACUUCCCCAUGGGCCCGGGGCGGCCCUUCCCGGGGGGCCCUGGGGGCAUGAGGGGCCCCCACGGGGAGCAGGGUCCCUUCGGCCCCGAGCACCGGCCCGGGGGCCCCGCCAGCGGCAACGGGCGGCUGAACCACCUCCCCCCGGGGGGGGGGCCCGGGCCCGGCCAGAGGGGCCGCAAGCCGGCUGACCUCAACGUCCAGGCGGGGGGGGGCAACUCCCCCAGCAUCAACCCCCUCAAGUCCCCCCCCCUGCGGCAGGUCCAGUCCCCCAUGAUGGGCUCCCCCUCCGGGAACCUCAAGUCCCCCCAGACGGCGUCCCAGCUGGCCGGCAUGCUGUCCGGCCCCCCGGGGCCCAACGCCCCGCCCACGGGCGGCCCCCAGAGCUCGGGGCCCAUGAAGUCCCCCCACUCCAUGAUGGGCUCCGCCGGGGCCUCCCCGGUGCACAUGAGGUCCCCGUCUCUCCCCAACCCCUCCCCGGGGUGGGCCUCGUCCCCCAAGCCCCCCAUGCAGAGUCCGGGGGUCCCGCCGCAGGGGGGCAAGCCCCCCCUCAACAUCACCUCGCCCAACAUGAUGGGCAACAUGGAGCAAGGUGGCAACGGGCCCCCCUCCGCCCCCCCCUCCUCGGGGGCCCCCUCGGGCCCCAUGUCCCACCCGGGCAACGUGCCCUCGGGCAGCCCCUACACCAUCCCCCCCGAGCCCACGCUGUCCCAGAACCCGCUGUCCAUCAUGAUGUCCCGCAUGUCCAAGUUCGCCAUGCCGAGCUCCACGCCGCUGUACCACGACGCCAUCAAGACGGUGGCCAGCUCCGACGACGACUCGCCGCCCGCGCGCUCGCCCAACCUGCCCUCCAUGAACAACAACGGGAUGGGGAUGAACCAUCACCAGGGCAACCCUCGCAUGAUGGGCCCCAACAACUCGGGGCCCAUGCCGGCCCUCAGCCCGCUGGGCAUGACCCCCAUGGGCUCCCAGCCCCUGUCCCACGGGAUGGCCCCCCAGAUGCCCUCCCCCAACGCGGGCCCCAACAUGGGCCCCGGCAUGAUGCCCCACGGCAUGAUGGUGUCCCACGGCCAGGACCCCGGCAUGGGCCCCGGACAGAUGAUGGCGCAGGGCCGCAUGGGGUACCCCCACCGGGGCCAGGGCUACCCGCUGACCCAGUCCCCCUCCCAGCAGGGGCCCUUCUCCCCCCACAACGGCCCCGGGCCCCAGGGCUUCCCCGGCCACCCCAUGGGCUUCCAGGGCGAGGGCGGCCCCAUGGGGGGCCGCAUGGGCAACAUGUCCCACGGGGGCGACGGCGGCGGCGGCAUGUGCAAGCCCAACCCGUCCGGGGGCCCGGAGUUCGGCGGGAUGCAGGGGGGCUUCAGUGACGCGGACCUCCACGAGGUGAUGCGGCCGGGGGCCUCGGGGAUCCCGGAGUUCGACCUGUCCCGGAUCAUCCCGUCGGAGAAGCCCAGCCAGACUCUGUCCUACUUCCCCCGGGGGGGGGGCGACCCGGGGGGCAAGCAGCCACACCCCUCCGGCUUCCCCAUGCAGGGCAUGAUGGGCGAGGGGCCCCCCAGGAUGGGCAUGCCCAUGCAGGGGAUGGGCGGCAUGCCGGGGGGCCCCGGCGGGGGGAUGGGCCCCCAAGACAUGGCCAUGGGGAACCCGGGGGGCCACAACCCCAUGCGGCCCCCGGGGUUCAUGGGUCAGGGCAUGAUGGGGCCCCAGCACCGGAUGAUGUCGCCGGGGGGCCCCGGGGGCAUGAUGUCCCCCGGGGGGCCCGGCGGGAUGAUGCAGGGGAGGCAGAUGGCCCACCCGGGGCCCGGGGGCUCGCCCAACAUGAUGAUGUCGCUGCAGGGGAUGGGCGGGCCCCCGCAGCAGACGAUGAUGAUGGGCCAGAUGAGGCCCCGGGGCAUGGACAUGGACAUGGGCUUCAGCCCGGGGCCCGGCAUGUUCUGACCGCGCUCCGAGGACGUCCCGGGACGUUCCACGAGCAUGGAG